UGCGCAACAGCUGUUCGGCGUGCAAACAGAAGUGAAUUUUGUAAUUCAACAAGAUGGAUCAGAAUAUACCCAUUAAAACGGACAGUGACGAUUUAAUCAAAAACAAAUCGGACAUUAUGAUACCAAACUAUCUGAAACGCCUCGUACUGGAGUAUUUACAGAAACAUGGCUGUACGCAUGCCAAUUUGGAGACCGUCGUGAGGUCAAGGCGAAAAAAUCAGGAGAAGGCCAUAAAGUACAUAUGCCAAGCCUACAAGGAUGCUGAGGUGCGUGGGAAUCAGGAAUGCGAGUCGGUUUGCCUAAGACACAUAAAUCAGUGGCUAGAGCUGUUAAACAAUGCGGAAUUGUCGAAUCUGUGUGAAUACGAAGCAGCAGCCGUAAUAAAUAGCAUAGUGCGCACGGAGGUGCAACCAAAGCCGGAACAGCUGGGAGGCAUCGACUUGAGUGAGGUAUACGGCUUUCUUGAGAAUGCCUUAACUGGACAGGCGCAGAAGAGGUUAAGCGACGCCAGCGAAGCAUUUCUUGCACGGGAAAUUGAGCUGCUCAUUGAAGAGGCCAACAAUGAUCAUUCCGAUAAAGUGGUACGGAGCAUGGGAGAGAAGCUGUACGAGCGGAAUGAGUAUAACUAUGAGGCGGAACCAAACAAAUGCAGCUUGGAUCCAUUGUUUUUAGAUGAAUAGCUUAAGGACUGUACAUAAAAAUGAUACUCAAGCAUAUUUAUAUCCACACAUAUUUAUUAAACAUUUAAAUUCAAUUGUUUGUCGAGUUAAAUUGUACGCGUACAUUUUGUCACAAUCCUUAAAACUGUUAAAGUUGCUCAAUCUCAAUCUCAAUCCUACUUAGGUGUAUAGGCUGCCUGCAUCUUGUAUAUGUCUUUUCCCAUAGUACGUAUUUGUAAGAUAAUUAAUACAUACAUACAUAAUUUAAGUACAUUUCUAUGUAUAAAUAGUUGUUAGCACAUUUAAAAUCUAAGUAAGGGGCUUACGAAAUUUCACACAAUUUACUUGAAGUAGUCUAUAUGAUAGAAUAUGUAUAUAUAUAAGUAUUUAAAUUUGGCUUUUAAUUUAUA